ACAGAUCAGACUGAGAAGGAACUCUUUCACUUUUGGCUUCAAGCAAACAUCGAGAAAACAUGAGUUUUGGAAACAUUGCAAACGUUGAUACUACAGGAGCUUCAUGGCAAACAGCUCAACAGGACAAACUGAACACUUCAGGUGUAAAUGCAUCGCACACAAUGGCAAGAACAGAUGUUGGUCGAAUGGGGAGAUACAGAUCAAUAAUCAACAAUGUAGGAAGAAAAUAUGGAGUUGAUGCCAAUCUUAUUGCUGCCAUCAUCUCCAGAGAGUCCAGAGCAGGAAACACGCUGCAGGAUGGUUGGGGGGACCAUGGAAACGCCUGGGGACUAAUGCAGGUUGACGUUAAUCCAAGAGGAGGUGGACACACUAAACGGGGGGCGUGGAACAGUGAGGAGCAUCUCUGCCAGGCCACAGAGAUCCUUCUUUAUUUCAUUGAUCGGAUCCAGAAGAAAUUCCCUAACUGGAGCAGGGAGCAGCAGCUUAAAGGAGCAAUCGCAGCCUAUAACACGGGGGAUGGAAGAGUCAGUUCAUAUGCGGAUGUGGAUGCUAAGACAACAGGCAAAGACUACUCCAACGACGUUGUUGCCAGGGCUCAGUGGUACCAACAAAAUGGUUUCUGA